AUGGAUACAAAGGAGAAGGAUGUAAAUAUUAGCCAGCAAAUCCUGGAGAAAUCCACUAAGGGCGCUACGUUCCUCAUGCUGGGACAGCUCUUCACAAAGGCAAUCACGUUCUUUCUGAACAGUAUUCUAGUGAGGUUUCUGUCGCCAAGAAUAUUUGGGAUCACAGCAUUCUUGGAGUUUAUUUUGGGUACUGUACUCUUCUUCAGUAGAGAAGCUGUUCGUUUAUCCACUUUGAGGAUAGAUGACAAUAAUGAAGAUGAAGAUGAAGAGAAACAAAAAUCAAAUGUUUUACAAACAUUGGCAAAUUUUGCCUAUAUUCCAUUAUGUAUUGGGAUUCCCUUAUCUAUUGUGCUCACUACAUGGCAAUAUAGAAAUAUAAACGCGUAUUUUGUCACCUUGCCCUUUUUCACAUGGUCCAUAUUGUUAAUUUGGUGUAGUAUAAUCAUUGAACUACUAAGUGAACCAUUCUUUAUCGUUAACCAAUUUCUUUUAAAUUAUUCCACAAGAUCAAGUUUUGAAUCAGCUGCUGUGGCCAUAGGUUGUAUCGUUAAUUUCAUUGUCGUCAUAUCUUUUGAAAACAAUUGGAUUGAUUUCUCCAAAUUAGCAAGCAUUUCCUCUGUCAUUGACGAUGAAAUGCUUAGAGAAGGUGUGGCAAUAUUAGCAUUUUCCCUGGGGAAGUUUGCCCAUUCUCUAACACUUUUGACAUGUUAUUUCUAUGAUUACUUGAGGAACUUCAAGGGACAGAAAAAAUCAUUUAAUAUUAAAUUAACAAAGAUCAAAUCAAGAAACUACAUCGGUGAACAUUCAUCCUCAAAGACGAUAAAUAAACCAUAUUAUUUCCAAAGUGAUAUCCUAGCACAUUUUAAAAAGGUUUAUUUCCAGUUAUGUUUUAAGCAUUUACUUACAGAAGGUGAUAAAUUGAUCAUAAAUUCUCUAUGUACAGUCGAGGAGCAAGGGAUAUAUUCCUUGCUAUCUAAUUAUGGUUCAUUAGUAACUCGUCUACUGUUUGCCCCCAUUGAAGAAUCGUUGAGAUUAUUCUUGGCAAGAUUAUUGUGUAACAGCAAUACGAAUAGAAGGAAUCUGAAAUUAUCCAUGGACGUUCUAAUCAACUUGACCAAAUUUUACCUUUAUUUAUCAUUAUUAAUUGUCAUAUUUGGUCCCGUAAACUCAUCGUUCCUGUUACAAUUCGUCAUCGGAUCCAAAUGGUCUACCACUUCUGUGUUAGACACAAUCAGAGUUUAUUGCUUUUAUAUCCCAUUCUUAUCAUUGAAUGGGAUUUUUGAAGCGUUUUUUCAAAGUACAGCCACUGGUGAUCAAAUUUUGAAACAUUCAUAUUUUAUGAUGGUCUUCUCAGGGGUAUUCCUUCUCAAUUGUUGGUGUCUCAUUGAAUAUUUGAAACUUUCUAUCAAUGGUCUUAUCAUUGGUAAUAUUAUCAAUAUGAUUCUUCGUAUUACUUACUGUGGAAGAUUUAUAAGCAAAUUUUACAAAAACUUGUACAUUGAUGAAUCAAAUUCGAAUUCAUUCUUCUUCAAUUUUCAAAAUUUCAAGGUUGUAACGUUAGCAGGAAUUGCCAUCAGCAUAUUCAAUUGGAUAUUUAUUGACGGAUACGUGAAAAACUUCCAUCAGCUGUUCAUCAAUAUAGUGCUGGCAUUAUGUUUACUCGCCACCAUACUACUCAAGGAGAGAGCAAUUAUCAUGGAUUUAUUGAAUAAACGGAAAUAUAAUGAAAACAAAAUCGUAUAA